GUCAUGUGAUUAUGCAUCACCUUGCUUUCCAAUUGAAAUCCCUCCCGAUGACCCUCGAAUUCGCCAUCACCGUUGUAUGGAGUUUACUCGAUCUUCUGGCAUCUGUGGCUCUGGAAUGACAUCAGUGUUUUUCAAUACAGUACUCCCAAGAGAGCAGAUUAAUCAACUCACAUCUUAUAUUGAUGCAUCACAGGUGUAUGGGUCAAGUGCUGGAGAGAUGAGGCUCAUACGUAACUUGACACACGACAAUGGUCAGUUACGGCAUGGCAUAUUUACAUCCUCUGGAAAGCCUCUAAUGCCAUUCAGUGAAGGUGCUCCUGUAGACUGUCGAAGAGAUUUAAGUGAAAGUGGGAUAGACUGCUUCUUAGCUGGAGAUAUUAGAGCUAAUGAACAGUCUGGUCUGACUGCAAUGCAUAUGGUAUGGUUCAGAGAGCACAACAGAAUUGCUGAAGCACUGAGACAAAUUAAUCCACACUGGGAUGGUGAAACUAUCUUUUAUGAAGCUCGAAAGAUAGUUGGAGCCGAGGUUCAACACAUCACAUAUUCACACUGGAUAUCACAUAUCAUAGGACCCAGGGGAAUGGAGCUGCUUGGAGAGUAUACAGGUUACAAUCCCAAGCUAGAGCCUACAAUCAGUAAUGUCUUUGCUACGGCUGCUUUUAGAUUUGGACAUUCAUUAAUCAAUCCAAUUCUUCACCGACUCAAUGCUACCUUCCAGCCAAUCCCUGAAGGCCAUUUACCACUACAUAAAGCUUUCUUUAGCCCUUGGCGUAUUGUACAAGAAGGAGGAAUUGAUCCACUUCUCAGGGGCCUUUUUGCAACUCCUGCUAAACUUAAGAUGCCUGGCCAGUUUCUAAAUACAGAGCUGACAGAAAAAUUAUUCCGUGCUGCUCACGAAGUGGCACUUGAUCUCGCUUCUCUCAACAUCCAGAGAGGACGAGAUCAUGCUCUGCCUGGCUACACAGAAUGGCGAAGAGCUUGUAAUCUCUCAGUGCCAGAUAGCUUUGAUCAACUGAGGUCUCACAUAUCAUCAGUUAACAUUCGAAAUAAGCUUAAGCAGUUAUAUGGUCAUCCAGGAAAUGUGGAUGUGUGGGUUGGUGCCUUGUUGGAAGACCCUGUUGAAGGUGCCAGAGUAGGACCAACUUUCUUGUGCCUUCUUGUGGACCAAUUUAGACGGUUACGUGAUGGUGACAGAUUCUGGUAUGAAAAUCCUACCACAUUCAAGCCUGAACAGUUGGCACAAAUUAAGCAGACCACACUGGGAAGAGUAUUGUGUGACAAUGGUGAUAACAUACAAGACAUGACACCUGAUGUGUUUGUGUUACCUCGUGAGCAGAGCCCAGCAUUUAUGGAGUGCUCAAAGCUUCCGUACGUUGAUUUGCGCAUAUGGACGGACUGCUGUACAGACUGUCGGAAUGCUGGCAACUUCAACAGUUUAACCCAAGCACCAGGCAUCCGUUUCCGUCGGCAAGCUCAAUUUUCACACAUUGAAGAUCAAGAACACAUUCUGAUGGGAAUAACCAGCGAAAAACUAGCUACCAAUGAAAUAAAGGCAUCACCAGUUUUCUUUAGUAAUAAUUCAGAAAAUAUCACCAAUUCUGAACACAGACAAAGAACUGUACCUAGACCCAUCCAUAGUCAUCGUCAAGAAAGUGUCAGAGGAUGGAUACCAAGAAAUAAAAAUAAAGAAGACAGCAAUGAACAUGACUUGGGAAGCUAUGAGCAAGACAUGACAGAACAGCGAAUAGAAGGGAUUGAAGCUCUUGUAGAGCAGCUCUCAAAAACAGUGUAUGAGCUUAAUAAUAAGAUCAGCACUUUAGAGCAUAAGUGUAGUGGAAGUAUUCGAAAGAGGAGGAGAAAAUUAUGCAAUGAUGAUGGCCAUGAACGACUCCCUGGAGAAGCCUGGCAGAAGGAUCCAUGCACUGUGUGCAGAUGUCGGGUAUGUAUUAAUUGCAUUACCGUAUGGAGCUGCUGGUAAUACAAUUUUAAAGUUUUUAAUACAGUGUAUACAACCCCUCAAGGUGGCUUUUGGUGUAGAGUGUAUGCAUUACUAGCAUCACAGCUCCAACAUGCAUAUAUAUAUAU